AUGGCAGCUGUCGCAACAAACGGCGAUUCCACCGUCCUCGACGACAUCAAGCCCCCGGCCGGCGUCGUCCUCCCCCCUCGCGAGAUCCGCAAUGUCCUCGAGAAGACGGCCGGCUACGUCGCGCGCAACGGUAGCGUCUUCGAGGAUCGCAUCCGCGACAAGGAGCGCCAGAACCCAAAGUUCAGCUUCCUUAACCCCACCGAUGCCUAUCACCCCUUCUAUCAAUGGCGCCUCAACGAGGUCAAGGCCGGUCGAGGGACUGCCAUUGCGGCUGGUCGCGCUGAGGACGCGGGCUCCGCGCCCGAGAAGCCGCAGGGCCCGCCUAAGCCUCCGGACUUCCAGUUCUCUGCGCGCAUGCCCAGGAUCAACCAGAAGGAUCUAGACGUCAUUCGCCUAGCAGCGCUUUUUGUCGCCAAGAACGGCCGCCAGUUCAUGACCCAGCUGGCCCAGCGCGAGGCUGGCAACCCUCAGUUCCAGUUCCUCAUCCCCAACCACACCUUUCACAACUUCUUCCAGCACAUCAUCGACCAGUAUACCACACUCUUGAGGGCGAGCGGACUUGGUGGCGAGGGUGGAAAGCUGCAGGAGGAGCGCAUGAAGGGUCUAGAGACCAAUAUCGAAGACAAGUUCCUUGUCCUCAACCGCGCCAAGCAGCGAGCCGAGUAUAUCAAGUUCCAGGAGUCCGAGCGGCAGAAGAAGGAAGAGGAGGAAGAGAAGGAGAAGGCGGAUUUCGCCCAGAUCGACUGGGGAGAUUUCGUCGUCGUGGAAACAAUCACAUUCAACGACGCAGACGAGCAGACCAACCUACCACCUCCGACCAACCUAUCCGAGCUCCAGUACGCCUCCCUUGAAGAACGAAACAACGCCUCCAUUAGCUCCAAUCUGCGCAUUGAAGAGGCCAUGCCCGGCGAGGACACCGCCUACAACGCAUCCCCUGCUGUCGCGCAACCCUAUGCCCUCCCCGUCCACCCCGGAUUCGCCCCUCAGCAGCCAGUCUACCAGCCCCAGAUGCCUCCACCCUCACAACUCUACCCCUCAGGGCCGCAACAACCGCACCGAUCUGCCCAAGAGGAGGAAGAGGAGCGCCGGAUCCAGGAGCGCGCAGAGGCGCAGGCCAGGAAGCAGCAGGCACAUACCGAGGCUCGUGGUGGUGGUGCUCCGAUGAAGAUCAAAGAGAACUACGUGCCGCGCGCAGCGCAGAAGGCUGCCAACAGGCAGGGUGCCCAGAUGGCCUUGUGUCCCAACUGCAAACAGCAGAUCCCCAUGAACGAGCUCGAAGCCCACAUGCGAAUCGAGCUCCUGGACCCGAGCUGGAAGGAACAAAAGGCCAAGGCCGACUCUCGCUACUCCGCUUCGACUCUAUCCCACGUCGAUGUGGCCAACAACCUCAAGCGCCUCGCCAGCCAGCGAAGCGAUGUCUUCGACCCCGUCACCGGACAGGCUCUUUCCGAGGAUGAGCUUGCCCGUAGGAAGAAGGCCGCCAUCCACAGUUUCGAUGGCAACCCAGACGUCAAGGCACAGGCACAACUCGGUCAUAUGCAGAAUGUCAACGUCGAGGAACAGAUUCGCGCCAUCCACCAGAAGUUUGCCGACAAGAAGUGA